AUGAACAAGGCAACUGAAGAACUUCUAGAUAUCGCCACAAAGGAGACCAAAAAUCUACUGGCUGAAAUUCAAUAUGACAUCAAGGUGACAAAAGCAAUGACUGACGAUGAUGAUCGGUCAAGCAUUGGAAACAACGGAUCCACAAAAAAUUGUCCAAAUUCGCGAACCUUGGUCAUUGGUGUUGGAAAAUCUGACGCCAAACUUGGAAAAAAAUAUGCGAGAUUUCUUACAGGUGCAGUCUUGAGUUCUUGUUUAUGCGGUACGGUUAUUCUAGCAGCCGAGGUUGUAUUUGUAGUUGCUGGUGGAGCAUUGUUAGCUAUAGCAGUGGCUGUUGGUUGUAUCACAGAUGUGUGUCAGUGGCAACGUCUACGCACAGUUUAUAGUCAAUGUUCCGAUUCCGUUCGCUUGAUGUUGGUUAGUUGUUUUCCAAGCUGUUUUGAUGGUGCAACUAAAGAUCCAACUGAAGCAGAGCUGGCAAGUAUCAUCGAAAAGGCAGUUAACACCCUCAAUAUCAAGGAGGACACGUGGUUUAAUCAUCCAGCAUUGCAAAUGUUGAAAGGAUCUGGCGAAGUCGAACGCGAUCAUUUGAAAAAUUCGUGA